AGAAGUCUCUUCCAAAAAAAUCUUAUUUGCUAAAAAGAAGAAGAAAAGGAGCAUUCCAUCUUUCCCAAAUACUUCUGUCUUUCUUUCGCUUUGAUUUCCCAUUACUCGCGGGGUCUCAAGAGACCCUGCCCUCUCCUGCCCUCUUCUCCCCAUCAUUCUCAACCUUUCCAAUUCUCUCUCUACCAUCUCAUAUCUUCUUUCUCUCUCUUCCAUUUCUUCCCACCUUGUUUUUUUUCAUUCUGUUCUUUGGUGAGGUGGGUUUGUAGCAGAGCCCUCCUAUGCUUUUGGCCAAUGUAAACUUCAUAAGGGAAAGAAAGAAAUUGACAAACAAAAAUUCAAAUAUUUUUGUUAUGUUUGUGGGUCCUGGUUGGUGACAAUCACCUGCGUCUAUUUACAUAAUAAUAAUAAUAACUAUUAUUAUUGAGUAUUAUAACCGAGAGGAGCCUCAAAAGAUUGGUGUUUCCCUUUGAUCAUAAAGGGCAUCAUAAUCAGAUGAUGAAUUGUUUCCCUUGUUUCCAGUCUCAAAAGAGUAGGAAAUCUGCAAGCAAAAGGGACAUUGCCUCGCCUCCUUCAGAACCUGUUGAGGCUGUACUAGUGCGUCAUUGUUUGAUUCCCCCUUCCCCUACAUAUUGUGUAGAGCCAAAGAAACAAAAACCCGGAGAUGAGGAAGUCGGAGGAGGAGGAGGACCACCCAAUGGUGGUGUGGCACAAACAUUCACCUUUCGCGAGCUUGCCACUGCCACUAAGAACUUUCGACAAGAAUGCCUCUUGGGCGAAGGUGGGUUCGGACGAGUCUAUAAGGGCACACUUGCUUCCAAUGGCCAGGUGGUUGCUGUGAAGCAACUUGACAAGCAUUCUCAAGGAAGCAAAGACUUUGUGACGGAGGUGAACACCAUUAGUGUCCUCAAGCAUCAGAACCUAGUCCAAUUGAUAGGAUAUUGCUCCGAUGGAGAUCAAAGGCUCUUGGUGUUUGAAUAUAUACCUAAUGGCUCCCUUGAAACUCACCUCCUUGAGAUGACGCCAGAGAAAAAGCCAAUGGAUUGGAUUACAAGACUAAAGAUAGCAUAUGGAACUGCAGAAGGUCUAUCCUACUUGCAUCUCCAAGCGAAUCCUCCUGUUAUCUAUAGAGACUUGAAGCCUUCCAACAUUUUGUUGGAUGAUGAUUUCAACCCUAAACUCUCAGAUUUUGCAUCGGUAAGCUUUGGCCCUGAUGGAGAUAGUAAGUUCCCAAUUCAAUCCAGGGCAAUGGGCACCUAUGGCUAUUCUGCUCCUGAAUACUCUGGGGUCGGCCAACUCACCUCCAAAUCUGAUGUCUAUAGCUUCGGAGUCAUUCUGUUAGAGCUCAUCACCGGGCGCAGAGCCAUUGAUACCACCAGACCAAAUGACGAGCAAAACCUUGUUCAAUGGGCCCAACCGAUAUUUAGAGACCCAAAGAGAUUUCCGGACAUGGCAGACCCAUUGUUGAGGAAGCAAUUCCCGGAGAAAGAUUUGAACCAAGCCGUCGCAAUUGCAGCCAUGUGCCUCCAGGAGGAGCCUGGAGCGCGUCCUCUGAUGAGCGAUGUGGUUAUGACUCUAAGUUUCCUUUCCACGAAUCCAUCAGACAUUCCUCCGCCGUCGACUCCUCCUCCAGCAGAAGAGAAAUCGAGCAGGGGAAGCUCCGACGACGACGACAGCGGAAGCGAUUACGACGAUGAUGAGUACCACCAUGCCGGACGAGACGAAUCCGAGGAAGAUGACGAAGAGGAAUACAGGAGUUCCGAUUUCAGCGACGCUAGCAGUUACGAUGACGAGGAAGGAGGUCAACGUGUCGGCUCGACCGAUGGGGAUGGGGAAGGUGCGAAGAUUGACGGCGGCCGGUCUUCGCGGCGGAGGAACAGUAAAAAAAUUAAGGACAAAGGGUCGAUGAGCAGCCGAAAAGGCGGUAAAAAGGUGAAAGGGAAACACAAAGGGUCGGCGAGCGGUGAAAAUUCUUAGGUUUUAACUUAAUUAAUUGUUUUCAAAACCAACAACCAUCUUGAGAGCGUCUCUUCUCUCUCUACUGGAGAAAUGAAGAAAGUAAAAAAAAAUGAUAUUUAUGUUGAUAAGAUGAUUUGUUGGAUUGGCUGGAGAGGGGGGAAAAUGAGGGAAAAUUGAAUAUGAGGAUGAAGGAGAAAAAAGAAAAAUGGCUGGUAGGGAAGCACAAAAUGUGGAAUGGAAGUCUUUCGUAUUGAAUUUUAUGUAGUUUAAUUUCCAUUUCCUUGUACUAUCCACAAUUUUCUUUGAUCAUAUGCCACUUAACCCUUGUUCGAUUUCAUUUCUUCCAAAAUUUUAUUUCAAAUUUGAACCUGUUUAACUAAAGACGAUAAAAGCCAAGUUAUUCCUCGU